AUGCGGGAUAAGAAGGUAACAGAAUUCGAAACUCUCAGGCAAGGGAACAAAACCGUCGCCGAAUACGAAGCCCAAUUUGCGGAAUUAGCUCGGUUUGCACCUCAUAUGGUGGACAUGGAUUAUAAGAAGGCGCGCAAAUUUGAAGGGGGAUUACGGAGCGCUAUCCUGGAUAAGGUCAACAUGUUGAAGUUACCUACGUACGUUGAUGUGUUGGAGAGAGCCGUUAUAGCAGAAGGGAAUCUUGCUACUCAGAGUCGAAUUUCGGAAUGGAAAGGGAAGAGGCAAAAUACUCAAUGGUCGAAGGGAUCACCUACUCCCCAAAACAAGAAGCAGACUUUAGGGAGUUUAAAUACUACUACCCCUAGCCAGGAUUCAAUGCCGACAUGUCCGGAAUGUGGGAAGAAGCAUCAUGGAACGUGUUAUCGGAAGUCUGGAGCCUGUUUUCAGUGUGGUAAGACGGGUCAUUUGAUCAAGGAUUGCCCUCAAAGGAAUCAACAGAGUAAUAAUAGGACCGCUAUAAGUUCAGCGGGGUCUGCACCAACUUCCAACACCAAGGCAACUGCUAAACCUACUAAUAAUAAAGACACUGCGAGACAAGGCAGGGUGUUCGCAUUGGUUCUGGGAGAUGUGCAAAAUGCGGCUACAGUGGUGUCAGAGAAUGCGGAAGCUCAUGAGACCCAUCUUCAUUUAAUUCUUCAAACCCUCCGGGAAAAGAAAUUAUAUGCAAAGCUAAAGAAAUGUGAAUUCUGGUUACUCGAGGUGGCAUUCCUAGGGCAUGUUAUCACAAAGGAAGGAGUUUCUGUUGAUCCACAUAAAAUUGAGGCGAUUGUGAAAUGGCCGACUCCUAUCAAUGUGACCGAAGUACGUAGUUUUAUGGGGUUAGCUAGCUAUUACAGGAGAUUUGUUCAUGAUUUUUCCAAAAUUGUUGUGCCACUUACACAAUUGACUCGAAAGGGAGUUGUAUUUGAAUGGUCAAAAGAACGGGAGUCUGCUUUCCUGGAAUUGAAGAUGAAGCUAACCACAGCUCCAAUCCUGGCUUUACCGUCUGGUACCGAAGGGUUUGUAAUUUACAGUGAUGCGUCCCAUAAAGGAUUAGGGUGUGUGCUUAUGCAAGGUGGAAGGGUUAUCGCCUAUGCUUCAUGA